AUGGGCAUGCCGACGGUUGGGUACAGAAGUGCCAAGUUCAAUCCCAUGGAAUGGCAGGAAGGAAAUUAUGCCAGAUUCUACCAAUCAUUUGCCGGCCGAAAUGAGUUAGGACAAUUACAGACUGACAUCAAUGCAAUCGUAAAAGAAACAAAAGACAAAACAAGCCAGAUGCAGGCCAUGAACACCAAGAGACUGGUCGAUCGAGUUCGAGACAUCGAUGGGUGGAAGAGGGAAUUGCACAGCAUCAUUAAGGAUAUGACUGAAGAAACCGAGUUACUCUUCUCCCAGAAGAAUAGAGUGGAAGCUGCACUGAGAGCAUUGGAGAUACCCCACCACAUUGCACUUGAUAAUUUGAACUGCAGACAGAAGAGACAAGGUAUUGAUUUGGUUCAGGAUGAUGUUGAAUUGGCUCUGCUAAAGGAGAUAGAAACGAUAAGUGGGGCUGAAGAGCUGUUGAGGAGAACAACACAAGAAGUUGAGAUACAAUUGAAACGUAACAGAGACCAGAAGCAGAAUUUGGAAUUCGAUUGGAGUGACAAAAAGGAAUCAAAGGAGUUGGAUGAGUUCUGUGCCAGGCUGAGGAGCGAGCAUACCAGCAAACAGUACUAUCACGGAACCGCAAGACUUCAAGAAAUACAGUCAACUCCAGAAUCUUGGGCUCAGUUCACGCACGACAACAUUGAGAGAGCAGAACAGGAAAGACUGGCGUCCAUUCAACUGCGGAAAUUGAUUGACAGCAUCAUUCAUGACGUAUCGUCCGAUGUGAAACGUCAGUGUGGCGUCACUGAUGAUAGCUUCAGGAGGAGAGUUGCCCAAUUGGAGGGGUGCAAGAACCAGCUUGAAGAUGAAAUCAACAAGGUGGUGUGUGACUCGAUAGAUGACGCCGAGAAGACGAUAUCAGGUUUGAAGGGCAUGCUGAAGGACAUAGAGGAACCCAUGAAGGUGGCACAGACCAGACUGCACAAUAGGGAGUUUAGACCAAGGGUUGAACUUUGCAGAGACCCAGCUCAAUUCGGACUAAUCGAAGAGGUGAAAGAGUUGAGCACAUCUAACGACGAACUGUACAGAAAACUGGAGGAGACGGAGAACUACUUGAAACUCCUGCAAGAUCAACGCAUUGCACUGGAGAAGGAUCUGAUGAUCAAGAAGAACAGCAUCUUCAUUGACAAGGAGAAGUGCAUGCCCAGAAGAGCCACGCGCGCUCCCAGCAUCUCAAAAUUGCAAGGAUAUUGA